AUGAGGAUCGCAAUCCGCGAGCAGCUGGCCUUGCUUGUCUUGUUCACUGUUCUGGUGGCCCUCACUGUCGUCUCCGUCCCGACCUGGCUCUAUGUCAACGACCACAUCGCCAACAACCUGCGGACCGGCCUCUCGCUCACGGCCUCCCUCAAGGCCUCCCGAAUCACGUCCGAGCUAGAACUCAUCCAGAACAGCUGCUUGACGAUAUCCUCCAGGAUCCUUCUCCAGGAUGCGCUCCAAGAUUUCUACGACAAGGGGGAGAAGAACUGGGCCAACGCCAAGGAGGAUAUUGAUAGCGCCCUGAGCGUGGGCAUGUCGACGGGCCUGCUGCAGGCCAGAAUUUACUCGAGAAACACGACGGGGCCCGAGGAUGGGGGACUCUUCAACGUCACCGCGAGCAAUGUGCCCGAGGUCAUCCUCCCUUACAAGGGCCCGGAUGGCGAGCAGGUCACGUUGAACAAUACGGAUCUUGGCUAUCCCCCUAUGCUCUACCCGAAUAUCACAUACAUCAAUCUCAAUUAUGGGAACCCCAUCCGCCCAAACACGUCGGCCUACUCGGCCCAAGCAUUCCCUGACAUACCGAUAUCGAGGGACGGCGGUCUUCUGCUUGGUCCUUUGAUCCUAAAUGAAACGUCUGCUCUGAUAUCCAUUUCCGUCGCCAUCAGAGACAAUACAGAUCACUUCAUUCUUGGCUACAUGACAAUCGUCGCGGUGGCCUCCUCCAUCCUCCAGGUGCGAGAUUCGCGUGAGGGGUUGGAUGACAGUGGCAUGGUUCUCAUCGUCGGUCCUACAACCGAAUGGAACCGCUUUCCAGCAUCAACCCCGAUGAGCAACGCCACGUACACGCCGAACAAGGAAGCGUUUGGCAGUGUACCCGUUCGCUUCGUCCUACCUCCCGCGUCUCAAGGUGACCAAGCGGAUCGCCAUUCCAACCAUAAUUUCACAAAGGGUACAAGCGACACGCCUUUCCCCGUCAAACUAUACCCAGCCGUGCUCGAUGCCUUGACCGACCAUAUACCAACCAUAAACAACGCCAGCUCCAUGCUCGACACACACAACGAGCAAGGCGUCGCCGUUGCUGUGGGCUAUGCAAGGACCCAGACGGCACUUGCGAACUGGACUGUCAUUGUCGAAAAGUCAAAGGGGGAGACAUACCAGCCAAUCAACACGCUCCGGAACAUCCUCCUGGGGACUGUGUUCGGCACUGCAGGUUUCCUGACACUUCUCAUCCUUCCCUGCGCUCACUUUGGCGUCCUACCCAUCAGAAGGCUCAAGGCAGCUACCGAAAAGUCGAUAAACCCCCCUGGAUACGAGGAGUCGUUCAUCGAGUCGGACUACGAAGAGGAUUCGCCAGGGUCUGGCAGGAUGGGAUCGCAGAGAUCUAAAAAGGGCGUAUUAAAAACGUUUACACGCUUUCUAAAGGGCUUGCCUAAUAGAACAGGCUCCGAGAGGGACGUUGCUCGGCGAAUGUUCAAGAUUCCCGGGAAAGUAGACGAGGGGAGACAUUUCAUCACCGACGAGCUUACAGAAUUGACGAGCACGUUCAAUGACAUGAGCGAUGAGUUGGUCAAACAGUACAUGUCCUUGGAGGAGAAGGUUGCCGUUCGCACCAAGCAACUCAACGAGAGCAAGAAGGCAGCAGAGGCUGCCAACGAAAGCAAGACCCUAUUUAUCGCUAACAUUUCCCACGAACUGAAGACACCCCUUAAUGGAAUUAUGGGCAUGUGCGCAGUCUGCAUGGAAGAAACCGACAUUAGUAGAAUCAAGCAAUCUUUGAAGACUCUGUACGAAUCAGGCGACCUGCUAUUACACCUAUUAGAGGACCUUCUUAGCUUUUCAAAGAACCAAAUCGGCCAGCAACUCACCGUCGAAGUCGGCCAGUUCCAAUUAAUAGAUAUCCGGGCACAGAUUUUGUCUAUUUUCGACAAACAGGUUCGCGAGGGGCAGAUCGAUUUCUCCGUCAACUUCCUCAACGCUCAAGAGCAUGGAGAUUCCUCUAACGGCUCGGUACAUCAAGAUUCUGAGCACAAGUCGCUACCAGCCGGCCUUCGCCUAGAAGAGGUUUCUCUGUGGGGAGAUCAGCACCGUAUACUUCAGGUGAUCAUCAAUCUUGUCAACAACAGCUUGAAAUUUACUCCUGUUAAGGGUAAGGUCGAGGUCCGCAUACGAUGCCUGGGCGAAGAUCAACAAGCCAACGAUGACGAAAGCCGGGCAUCAUCCAUUUCGAAGUCAGUGUCCCGGAACUCGCGAUCAGGCCGGAUGCGCUAUCGAGGCGGAUCCGCCUCGGCUCAGUCAACGAGUUCUAUGAACGGUAGCGCAAAGCAGUACAUGCAAGGAGGGACAGCACUAUCGAUCAACCCCAUGGACCCUAAGAUGGGCUAUGCUCAUGUAUCCGAGCGCUCGCCUACACCUCCACCUCAAGGCACCAAGGCCUACACUUUUGAGUUUGUCGUCCAGGACACUGGCCCAGGUAUUCCACCGAGCAUGCAGGAGAAAGUGUUCGAGCCGUUCGUCCAGGGAGAUCUUGGGCUGAGCAGAAAAUUUGGCGGAACUGGACUUGGUUUGAGUAUCUGUCAUCAACUCGCUGGUUUGAUGGGUGGUUCCAUUCAUUUGGACAGUACGGAGGGUGUUGGCUCCACGUUCACUAUGCUGAUUCCCUUGAAGUGCGCUCGCAGCACGAGACCCACAUCCAUGAGGUCCCCACGACACAGUACGGACGAUCCAGAAUCUCAGCGAAACUCGCACCAUAUCAUGCCGACCGAGGGAAAGAACCCCAAUGCCAAUAACCUCAACCCGCAGCCGAGAUUAGUCGGCCUCAGCCAGCCAUACUUUUCGGUUGAGCUCCCCGGAGCCCAAGGUGGUGGUGUGAUUCAAAGUCUCUCACGGAAAGGGGGUGGAAGCAAACUGCGUGUGCUUGUUGCCGACGACAAUUCGACCAAUAUCGAGGUUGUUAGCCGCAUGCUCAAACUCGAGGACGUCUCUGACGUGACUGUCGCCAAGGAUGGCCAGGAAGCCUACGACUUGGUCAAGGGGACGAUGGAACGAAACGAGCCAUUUGAUGUCAUCUUUAUGGACGUACAGAUGCCCAACGUCGAUGGCCUGCAGAGCACACGGUUAAUUCGCGGAAUCGGCUACAAGUCCCCAAUCGUAGCCUUAACGGCCUUUUCGGAAGAGAGCAACGUCAAAGAGUGCAUCAACUCGGGGAUGGACGAGUUCCUUUCCAAACCAAUCCGUCGACCCGCGCUGAAGCAAGUACUCAAGCGGUUCGCGACGAUACCCGAAGAGACGGAGGGGCCACCCCGAAAUGACGAAGUGUUGAACGAGAAGAAGCAUCAUUCAACCCUGAAUGGGGAAAUCACAGAAUUACCGACACCACCAGCAACAACCGACGAUAACGAAACGGAGCUUUUCAGCGGAGCCGCAGUCAACAAGGCGGAAUAA